AUGGCAUCUACACGCUCACGAAAGCUCUCUACUUCUAUCUUUUUUGACAAAUCCUCGCUCCCCCAUACGUCAGAGGAAUGGGAAGUUGCACUUCAUCAAGUCAAGUUCCUUUAUACCCAGCGCCAAUACAAACAAUGUGCGUCUCGUGCAGAAACUCUUCUUAGCUUCUCAAGAGAGCCUAUCCACGCAGUCCACAAAACCUACCUCUACUUCUACAGCGCCAUAUCCUACGAAGCCUUAGGCCGUGCCGCGCACAAAUACUCCAGCAACAAACUCUCACUUUUGCACUCCGCCCUAGACUGCUUUACGACCUGCAGCGCGGUUCUACCAUCGACCAUCACGGUUUCGGACUAUGGCAGGGGCACAAGCAUGGAAGACAUAGACGAGUAUGAGACGUCGCUCGUAGACGAUUCAACGCCGGGUGACUCGCCUGAUUCUUCGUUCCUGGAGACAGAAGCUGAGAGUCCGUCGACGGUUGGAGGGCUUGUGGGUAGUCUUACAAGAAUCAUUGAUGAUUCUAUGGCAUGGGAUGAGGAUGAUCCGUUUAUUUCUCACGAGCAUGAGCAGGUUGAUCAGGAUGUUAAUGUUGGGUUGUUUAGACUUCCAAGGGAGGAGUCAAAGGGGAGGCUUAUGCCUUUGCCGCUUCAGAUUCGGAAGCCUGAUGCAGGGAGCACUUGUGCAGAGAGAUCUUACCGUCCGUCUCCACUGCCUAUCAAGAUUGUCCCAUUCGAAGCAGAGCACACGGGAUCCGGGAUUACCGAGAGCCAAGAGCACAGCAAAUACAUCAAAUCAAUCACACGCUACAACAACAGCAUCCAUUUCCUCCGCACCCAAAUAACCACCAACAUCACAACCAUCCACACCCUCAUCACAUCAAUCACCAAACUCCAACGCGCCCGCAAGGCGUCCCGAGCCCGAAACCUCCGGCGCGUAGCCUCGUUCUGGAGUUUCAGCCCUGUCCAGCUCGGCGAGGAUACUAGCGAUAACGGCUGUCUCGGUAGGAAUCCUAGCGCCGGAGCUAGCGGUAGCCCGAGUGGGUCACAAUCUCCUGAAUGGGGCGGGGCGGAGGAGGAGCAGGAGCAGCAGGAAAGCAAAGCCGAACGGAUUGCGCGAUUACGGGCAGAGGGGUGGAAGACGGUUGGGGUGAGGAAUGGGCGGCGGGGGUGGAAAGGGGCUGCAUACUACGAGGCGUACUGUAAUGGGGUUUUGGACGAGUUAUAUUUGGGGGAGAGUUGA